AUGACCGCAAAUGACUAUAUCGAGGAACCUGGAACAGGACAGUGGCACACUAUCCAUGGCCAGUUCAAUUAUUCGGGGAGCUUCGGUUGGCAAAAGGAUGGACUGAGAGGGCACAUCUACUCCGAUAAGACAAACAGCACUGUCAUCAUUUCCCUGAAGGGCACUUCGCCGGCUCUUUUUGACGGCGCAGGUACCACAACAAACGACAAAGUCAAUGAUAAUCUCUUCUUCAGUUGUUGCUGCGGUCAAGGAGGCUCAUAUCUAUGGAGGCAGUCCUGCGAUUGCCAGACUGCUACGUUCACGGCAAAUUUGACAUGCAUCGUCGAUUCUAUGACCGACGAAAACCGGUAUUACCGGGCAGCGGUCGACCUAUACUCUAACGUUACCGAGAUCUACCCAGAUUCAAAUAUUUGGAUGACCGGUCAUUCGCUGGGUGGCGCAAUGACCAGUCUGGUUGGAUUGACGUUCGGGUUGCCUGUGGUCACUUUUGAGGCCAUCCCAGAGGCACUACCUGCAGCUCGGCUUGGCCUGCCAAGCCCGCCAGGCUAUGACCCACGAUUUCCACAGUCGCGACAGUUCACUGGAUCCUACCACUUUGGACAUACAGCAGAUCCAAUCUACAUGGGAACCUGCAAUGGAAUAAACUCUAUUUGUACAUGGGGCGGCUAUGCGAUGGAGUCAGUAUGUCAUACCGGACAGGUAUGCACAUAUGACACUGUGGCAGACAAGGGCUGGCGUGUUGGUCUUGGCACUCACAAGAUUCAAAACGUGAUUUCUGAUGUUAUCUUGAAAUACGACAGUGUUCCCUCAUGUGUCGCAGAAGAGGAAUGCUUCGACUGCGAACUCUGGAAGUUCUUCCGGAGCAACGGCUCUGAGAUUACCACUACUACAACUACCACCCCCACUGCAUCUCCCACUAGAACUUCUACGUGCAAGACCCCCGGCUGGUGGGGCUGUUUGGACGAUAGCACAACUGCUACAACUACUACAACUACUACUGCUACUGCUACUACUACUACGUCACUGCCAAGCACUGCCACUACUACGACAUGUUUGACUCCCGGUUGGUUCGGGUGCAAUGAUCCUACCACAACGGUCACACCAGCACCCACGGUGACCACCACUUUGCCCACAGUGACUGCAACGACCAGUUGUCACGACCCAGGGUGGUUUGGCUGCCGUGACGAAACUAGCACCGCCUCGCCCACAUCCGCGACCUGUAAUAGCCCGGGAAUGGUGUGGGGAUGUUGGGAUAAGUCCACUAACACGCCUGCGAUCACCUUGGCGCCCACUCCUACCAGCUAA